UUGUAAGCCUCCCUUAUUCACUUUGAACGUGCGACUAGAUCCUUCAGGAGCUGGAUUACGGCCCGUCGGUGGACUGGUGGGCCCUGGGGGUGCUGAUGUACGAGAUGAUGGCGGGUCAGCCGCCAUUCGAAGCCGACAACGAAGACGACCUGUUUGAGUCCAUCCUCCACGACGACGUCCUCUUCCCCGUCUGGCUCGGCAAGGAGGCCGUGGCCAUCCUCAAAGCGUUCAUGACCAAGAGUCCCAGCAAGCGCCUGGGCUGCGUGGCGGCUCACGGUCUGGAGGAGGCCAUCAAGCUCCACGUGUUCUUCAGAGAGAUCGACUGGACGCUGCUGGAGCAGCGGAAGCUCCGCCCGCCGUUCAAGCCUCGCAUCAAAACCAAAAGGGACGUGAACAACUUCGACCAGGACUUCACGCGAGAGGAACCCAACCUGACGCCGGUGGAGGACAACAUCGUCAAGCAGAUCAACCAGGACGAGUUCAAAGGGUUCUCCUACUGUGGAGACGAGACUGUGGGCUAGACACACACACACACACACACACACACACACACGCUGACACAGAUAAUGUAACAUGUUUACACACACCACACACACCACGGCAGAGAUGUAAUAUUUGAAGAAACACACGGCCCCGAGACCUCCUGAAGAUCCUCAGAUUCUGAGCGCUCCAGGAAUUAUACUAGACCAUCGGGUAUCUCUCUCUCUCUCUCUCUCUCUCUCUCUCUCUAAUGCCAUCAAAUGAUCGAGCAGCAUGCAAGAAAGGUCGGAAACUGUAAGAAAACCCCUUCGUUGAAUUUCCAGAAGGCUCUUUUGAAGUAGAUCGAUGGGCAAGGUCACGGCCUGUAAGUGUGUGUGUGUGUGUGUGUGCCCGAUAACGUGAGUGCAAGAGUGCAUGCAUGCAUCGUUGCUAUACUGCACCUCUUGUCAUUUCUGCACAUGCUGUGCUGUAUCCUGUGUCUGCGUGUUUAAAGAAUGUUUCUCUUCCCUAAA